AUGGUCUCUUCCACGACUCUACCACCUAUCUCCUCGCUCCCGACAGUUGAUCACGAGACCCUUAAGUCGGUACUUGACACGCUUUUCGAGCCGACCGAAGAUCUCCACGCCUUAGCAAUUCCGACGAUUCAAGAUGGUCCUCCCUCGGCAUCAUACGCGUCCUUGAUUGAGCAUGUCGGGUCUUUAAUGUUCCAACUGUCAAAUUCAUCAACCCCAGACGCGCGGAAGAAGCUUCAUGGGAUCCUUGGGUCGCACCCACGAUUAGGCGAAAAGAAAGUUGACAGCGCCCAGAGCCGAGCCGAGCAGGCACAUCUGAAUACGUCGGAUGGCUCCGGCGAGAAAGAAGAGGAAGCCUCAAAGCUUAAAGCGCUAAACGAGGAAUACGAGGCUCGGUUUCCAGGACUGCGGUACGUGGUGUUCGUGAACGGCCGAAGCCGAGCAGUUGUGAUGCAAAAUAUGCGAGAACGUAUCGAUCGUGGUGACAUACAUGCUGAGGAGCAAGAAGCUAUCCAGGCGAUGGUUGAUAUCGCUCUUGACCGUGCGAAUAAAUUGCAGCCUACAAGCUGA